AUGAUGUUAUCUCAAAUGAUGCUACCUGAAAAACAAGGUAAACAGGCACUGGAAAAUAAGGAACCACCGGAAAAUAAGGAACCGCCGGAAAACAAAGAACUGGUGGAAAAUAAGGAACCACCGGAAAACAAGGAACCACCAGAAAAUAAGGAACCGCCAGAAAAUAAGGAACCUCCAGAAUAUAAACCACCAGAAAAUAAGGACCCACCAGAAAAUAAGCCACCGGAAAAUAAGGUGGAUACUCCUGCUAAUGAGAAGAGUGGCAAUUAUUAUAAAGAUAUAAAACAAUAUGUGUUCACAACGCAAAAUGUAAAUGGCAGCCAGUCUGAAAUAUCUGUGAGAGCAACAACCGAUUUGCAAUUUGCUCUAAGAAACUGACGAACCAACCGUCCAAAUGAGCCUGCAUUUUGGACAAUGUUAGCUAAAGCUUUAAAUGCAACACCAACAGCUGAGGAGCUUGAGGAAAAAGAUCAACUAUUUCACCCAAUUCCAUACUCUGAUUUGAAUGCCAUAAAUGAAGAUAACAUGACACAGCUACAGGAAAUCAAGUUAAAAUUAAUGCUGGGCAUCUCCCUGAUGACCCUCUUCCUUUUUGUCGUCAUCUUGGCCAUCAGCAGUGCCUUGCUGUACAAGGUGAAGACAAUGAGUUAUAAAAGUCCAGUUCUAACCGAAUACUCCGUCAACCCAGAGCUGGCAACUCUGUCUUACUUCCACCCGUCAGAAGGUGUAUCAGACACAUCUUUUUCUAAGAGUGCUGACAGCAGCACAUUUUGGGGUACUACAUCUUCAGAAUUGAAAAAAGAAGACACAUUGUCAAAAUCUAGAACAACGGACAUGAUUUCCACAGCCUCAGAUGAUACAGGCAUGAAUGAUGAGUCAGAUUUAAUUCAGAGUGAGGAACCAGGUGAAGAAACUCCCACAGAUUGAAUAGACAUUAAGUUUAAGUCAGAA